GCGCGGCGCCGCACCAGCUGAUCCCAUAAAGCCUGCCUGCCUCCGGCUCCCGGCUCCCUGCAGCCCAGGCUCCCGCGCCCGCCCUCCGGAUCGGGGCUCUCCCUUGGCUCUUGGGGAAAAAGAGGAAAGGAAGGAAAGAAGGAAAGAAGAAGGGAAGGCAAGGAGGAAGGCAAAAGCCCUGCAGGGGAGCGGAGGGCGGCUGACUGGCUGGCUGGCUGCUGCGGUGCUGGACGGGGGCCGGGGCCGGGGCUUGCAGCGCCUCUCCCGGCGGGGCUCCUCGCCCGAUGCGCCCCUCCGGAGCCCGAGCCUCCUCCUCCUCCUCCUCCUGCUGCUGCUGCUGCUGCUGGGUCCGAGGGAGCGCCGAGCCCGGUGCAUGAGGAGGCGCCGCCCGCCCUGGCUCCCGGCUCCGGCUCCUGCCCCCGCCUCCUCCUCCUGCCGCCGCCGCCGCCUCUUGGUCUCCGUCUCUGCCGCCGCCGUCGUGCUGCUCCGUGGGCCCCGAGGCGCGCCUUCCCCGAGCCCCUAAAAUGAAGAGGGUGAUCCUGGAAGAAGGAACCAAACUGCUGAUUGUGGCACUUUGCCUGAACUUCCUGGCGGAGGUGAGACCUUGCCCCGGGGCUUGCGUCUGUUACAGCGAGCCCAAGAUCACCAUCAGCUGCCAGCUGCAAGGACUCGCAGCCAUCCCCACCGAGAUCCCGGUCCAGACGCAGCGAGUCUUCCUCCACAGCAACAAAAUCGCCACAAUCGGGUCCACCAGCUUUACCUCCUGCCGCAACAUGUCCAUCUUGUGGAUCCACUCCAACAACAUCAGCGUCAUCGAAGCUGGGGCAUUUGCUGGGCUGGACAAAUUGGAGGAGCUGGACCUCAGUGACAACAUGAAUCUGAAGUCCAUCGCUCCGUCCACCUUCCGAGGCCUUGUCCGGCUUCACACUUUGCACCUUGCUCGCUGUGGACUCUUGGAGCUCUCCACGGAGCUCUUCCGAGGGCUUUUCUCCUUGCAGUACCUCUACCUGCAGGACAAUAAUUUGCAGAACCUCCACGACGAUACCUUUGUGGACCUUGCAAACCUCACCUUUCUCUUUUUGCAUGGGAACAAAAUUAAGACCUUGUCAGAAAACGUCUUUCGGGGGCUGACCAACCUGGACCGGCUGCUCUUGCAUCAGAAUAGGGUUAACGUGGUCCACCGUCGGGCUUUCCAUGACCUUGGGAAAGUGUUGACCUUGUAUCUUUUUAAUAAUAACCUGACGGUGCUCACAGGAGAGACGAUGACCCCUUUGGUGUCCCUCCAGUAUCUUCGUUUGAAUGGCAACCAGUGGCUGUGUGACUGCCAAGCCCGGUCACUCUGGGAUUGGUUUCAGCAGUUUAAGGGGUCCUCUUCCGAACUGGAGUGCCACCUACCUGCUCACUUAGCGGGACGGGACCUCAAACGGCUGGAGAGCUCCGAUCUGGAAGGCUGCAUCGACUCUUUCAACCAGAUCCGAACCAGCGUGUUUAGCACCAAGACCCGAUCAGGCAAAUUGCCAACUGCCAGCCCUCCUCUCCUUCCCCCGGAGAGCUCCCAGAAAUGCUGCCAGCCAGAAAUGGAUAAAUCUUUUAUUUACGAAGCCAAAGCCAAGGCGGGCCCGUCUUCUCACAGUAGCCGGGCCUCCCCUAACAAUCCGCUCAAGGAUAAGGAGAACAUGGCCAAAACCAAGUACCAGGGGGAGAUGGACCCGACCAAAAAUGGUAGCAACAAGCAGAUCAAUGACUCCCCCUUUGGGACUUUCCCUAGCGUAGUGGACCCUCCCUUGACCAAUCUGAAACCUGAGUUCCUAGGUCCCAUUGAGCCUUCCACAGUCCCAACCAAAAAGAGGCAAGGGUGUUCCAAAAAGAACAAAUCCCGGUCACAGUGCCGGAUGUCCCAGCCAGCACCAAGUUCCACCUCCCAGCUCAUCCCAAGUGUCCUGAUCCCUCUUUUGGUGUGGACUCUCAUUUUGUUCAUGUUAAAAAACGAGUCUUUCCCUUGAGGAGUGAGAGAAUUAACCUCCCCAGACUUUUGCUUUAAAAACUAACCAACCAAGAAAUUGAAUAAUAAUAAUAAUAAUAAUAAUGAUACCGAUAAUAAAUUAAGCCACCUCCACGAAAUACUGCAAACGAGAAGGAAGGAAGCUACAAUCAGAGAGGACUUUCUUACACAAAAAGCUCUGCCUUUCGUGUCCUAAACCAAACAAAAAAGACCCCCCCAAAAAAAACUUCACACACACAAACCAACAAAGAAGAAGAGUUGUACAUAAUUUAUUUGUCUCUCCUCCUGAAAUCUAUGUGUUUGAUUUGAUUUGAUUUGAUGUUUUUGGUCCUCGGAACAACACUUCUCUGCCAGCGGCUUUCGCCGGAGCAGAUGGUUAAAGCAGAAAAGAGGGGGGGGAAGGUGAAAUAAAAUAGGAAAAAUGACAAGGUGCAAAAAAAUCACCUUCACAAUGUUUUUUUAAAAAAAGAAAUAGAUAUUGAAACGAAAAACGCAAAGAAGCGUGGCGUGUGAUUUGAAACUGUUCUUGAAUGAUGUUUGCAAGUUUCCCCGUCUUUCAGAGGUGACACAUCGAUGCCAUCUUUUUCUUCCCAUGUUUCCAAAUCUUGAGGUCGAGCCGUCCCGCGUUUCCACGAUGCCAUUUACGGAGGGGGCAUUUGUUCAAGAAUGCUUCCUUGUCAUUCACUCAAGGC